AUGUGGAUACGAACAAAACAUGAGACUCCAACGGAUGGAACAGGUCCUGAUGGAGACUAUCCUGAUGGAAAAGGCUACUUCAUCUACCAAGAAGCAAGUAAUCUGAUCCCAUUUGACACUAACAGGCUUGAGAGCCCAGAUAUUGUGGCUUCUGAAAAAAUAUGCGUAGACUUCUGGUACUAUAUGUUUGGGUCAGAAGACAGAAAUGAGCUGAGAGUGCUUAUCCAAGACAGCACAGGGGAGUUUACAGCAUGGAGUCGGAAGGGAAACCAAAGUUCCUCUUGGAUUUAUGGUGCUGUCACACAUACUUUUCCAACACAGAGAAAGAUAAAGGUCAUUUUUGAGGCUGUCCGAGGACUGACAGAAUAUGCAGAUACAGCACUGGACAAUGUGAGAGUAAGAGAUGGACCCUGUGAUGCAGUCAGCACCCCUGCACCACCAACACCUACACCAACAGUACCUAUGCCACCUGCUGUGACAGAAGCAACUUGCACUAUACAUGGAGAUCCUCAUUAUUUAACUUUUGAUAAGCAGAGUCAUGACUUCAUGGGCAACUGCACCUACACGCUCUCCAAGCUGUGUGAGAGCAACAGCUCACUGCCCUACUUCAACGUGGAAGCUGCCAACGAAUACAGGGGAAGCAACACUCGUGUGUCCUAUGUCCAAUCUGUGGACAUCGAUGUUUAUGGCUACAGGAUCAAUCUGGGUCAAAACAGAGUUGUUAAGGUGGAUGGAAUCAGCCAGGUACUCCCUCUGACCUUGGGCAAUAGUGUCAGCAUUUCCCUCAGUGGUCAAUAUGUUGUGGUUACUACUGACUUUGGGCUGAAGGUCAAGUUUGAUGGAAAUCAUAGAGCAGAAAUCACUCUUCCCAGUACCUAUGAAUCGAAAGUCUGUGGGAUAUGUGGAAAUUAUAAUGGGGACAAAGAAGAUGACUUUCUUAACCCAGAUGGAGGGAUGGAAACAGACUCGUCCAGCCUUGGAAACAGUUGGCAAGUUAACAAUGACUCAAGGUGCUUGCCAGAUGAUGGCCAUACCCCAAAUUGCACUGCUGAUGAAAAACAUAUCAUCCAAAGCAAUGAAUACUGUGGUCUGAUCACUGAUCCCAGUGGUCCGUUCCAGAACUGUCACUCAGUAGUCGAUCCACAGAGCAAUUUUGAAGACUGCCAGUAUGAUCUCUGUGAGCUUCAUUUGAGCAGCGAAGCCCUCUGUCAAAACCUGCAGGCUUAUGCAGAUAUGUGCCAAGCUGCGGGAGUCCAGCUGACACCAUGGAGAAAUGCAACCUUCUGCCGUUCAUCAACACCAAAAACUGAGGCACCCUCGCCAGACACCACAACGCCGCCUCCACACCCAGCGACAACAACACCAAGCUCAGGUUCAUCAACACCAAAAACUGAGGCACCCUUGCCAGACACCACAACGUCACCUCCACACCCAGCGACAACAACACCAAGCUCAGGUUCUUCAACACCAAAAACUGAGGCACCCUUCCCAGACACCACAACGCCGCCUCCACACCCAGCGACAACCACACCAAGCUCAGGCCGUGCUUCCUGCAGUGCCUCUGGGGAUCCACAUUACAACACUUUUGACCAGAGAGUUCAUAAUUUCAUGGGAAACUGUUCUUACACCCUCUCCAAAGUGUGUAACAUCUCUCAGAAUAUUCCAUACUUUGAUGUGUACACAACAAAUGAGCACAGAGGAUCCAACACCAAAGUCUCUUAUGUGAAGUCAGUACAAGUGGAAGUCUAUGGCUAUCAGAUUUCUAUGCUGAAAAGCAAGAAAGUGAAUGUGAAUGGCAGCAGAAUGAACCUACCCAUAUUUAUUGAAAAGAAGAUCAGUAUUCAAAGCAGUGGUGGUUAUGUUCUCUUGGAAACUGACUUUGGACUGUGGGUGAGAUAUGAUGGAAAUCACUAUGCAGAAGUCUCUGUGCCCUCUGAUUACAGUGGUCUGCUCUGUGGCCUGUGUGGUAAUUAUAAUGGUGAUCCAAAUGAUGACAACAUAAAGCCUAAUGGUGACAUUGCAAGUAAUUCCAAUGAACUUGGACAAAGCUGGCUUGUAACUGACAAUAACACCAUGUGCUCUGUUGGAACAGAAGACCAAUGUGAUGCUGCACUGGAGAGUGAAGCAAAGAAGAAUACAGCAUGUGGCAUGAUCACAGAUCCAACAGGAAUCUUCAAGGAUUGCCACGACAAAGUGCCUCCAGAAAAUUUCUUCAAUAAUUGUGUUUAUGACAUGUGUUUCACUGAGGGACAGGCAACAUCCUUAUGCUAUGGACUGCAGGCCUACGCUGAGUCAUGCACCAAUGCUGGAAUAUGUAUAGAGUGGAGAAAUGCUACUCUUUGCCCAAUGUCCUGUCCUGGAGGCAGCAUCUACCAAGGCUGUGGAACUAGGUGUCCUUCUACUUGUGUGAGCUCCUCGGCCACUAACACCUGUAGCUCACUGCCAGUGGAGGGUUGCUUCUGUAAGGAUGGCUAUGUUCUGAGUGGGGACACAUGUGUGCUAGAAAGCAACUGUGGUUGUGUUGAUGACGAAAACCGCUAUCACGAGCUGGGUGAAAGCUGGUUCACCAGUUCUUCCUGCACGGAACGCUGCACUUGCAAUGCUAACAACGUGAUCACUUGUUCAGUCUGGGAGUGUGGAGUACGAGAGGAAUGCAGUGUUAAGGAUGGUGUGCUGGGCUGUCAUUCCAAUGGCCAAGUAACGUGUCAGGUGGCAGGAGAUCCCCACUAUUUCACUUUUGAUGGAUUGAUGUACACAUUUGUGGGUACCUGCACCUACACCCUGGUUCAGUCUGUCAACAGCAGUGUGGACCCAAUAACCAUCCUUGGCAAGAAUGAAGACCGAGGGCUAAGAGGGGCCACUUACCUGAAAGAAGUCUACAUAGAUGUGUAUGACACACGAAUCACCCUUCGGAAAAGCAAAGAAAUCCUGCUGAACAAUGAGAGGGUCUACAGUCCAGUGGAGAACCGAGUGCGGGGCGUAUCCGUUGGAAAUGUUGGCAGUUACCUAGUAGUGGAAACAGACUUUGGUGUGAUAGUGAAAUAUGAUGGCGAUGAUUAUCUGGAAAUAACUCUCCCACAAUCUUACUUCUCAAAGGUACAAGGCUUGUGUGGUAACUUCAACGAUAAUUAUAAAGAUGAUCUGUCCUUGCCCAAUGGUACAAUUGUCAGUGUCACACAGUUUGGAAAUAGCUGGAAAGUGGAAGAAGACAGUGAUGCAGGUUGCUUAUCAGACUCAAGAGAAGAUGAUGUUCCUCCUUGCACUGAUGAGAAUAAAUCAACCAUUGAAAGCCAGUGCAAUGUCCUAAAAUCAGACAAAUUCAAAGCAUGUCAUGAUCUGGUGGAGCCUGAAGACUUCAUAAAAAUCUGCACCUAUGACAUGUGUCAGUAUGAUGGCAUGAAGUCUGCUCUUUGCGACAUAGUUCAGUUCUAUGUGGACACCUGCAGGAAUCAAGGCAUCACCAUUACAUGGAGGAAUAGCACAUUCUGUCCAUUGCCCUGUCCAUCCAACAGCCAUUACACAGCCUGUGCCUCUGCCUGCCCGUCAACGUGCAAUGACAUCUUUGCCUCAUCCCUUUGUGAGAAGACAGACUCAUGCACAGAGGGCUGUGAGUGUGAUAAUAAUUAUGUGCUCAGUAAUGACAAGUGUGUUCCACUCAGCAACUGUGGCUGCAGGGAUGAUGACAACAAUUACUACAGUGCUGGGGAUACCUGGAUUACUCCGCACUGCACCAAAAGAUGUGAAUGUCAGCAGAAUGGUGUCAUCAAAUGUCAGAGUUAUGGAUGUGAUUCUAAAGAAACCUGCGUGAUCAAAAGUGGAAAAUACAAGUGCAAUCCAACAGGUUUUGGGAAGUGCCGGAUCAUAGGCGAUCCACAUUAUAUCACAUUCGAUGGUUUGGUGCACCACUUCCAAGGGAAAUACACGUACAUUCUGACUCAGACCAUCCCUGACCUACCUGACACUCUGACACAGUUCAGUGUUGAAGGCAUGAACUAUCCUCUUCGUCUGAAUCGACGCAUUACUUACCUGAAAGAGGUCAUCAUCAACGUUUACAAUCACGAAGUGCGAUUCAGGCAAGGCAAGCAGAUACUGUUGGAUGGCGUAAGGGUGAGAGCCCCUGUUCGUCCUCAUGACGGUAUUCGUAUCUAUCAGAGGACAACAAGAAUUUACAUGGAGACAGAUUUUGGCUUAUACCUGAGCUUUGAUGGUGAUCAAAAUGCAGAUAUAAAGCUGGCCAACACCUACAACAACAGAGUAGAAGGUUUGUGUGGUAACUUUGACGGGAAAUCUAGAAAUGACUUCACAAACCCAGAUGGUGUUUGGCUGAAGAAUGUGAAUGCAUUUGGUGAGAGCUGGAAGGUUCCUGUGGAAAGAACCUCUCGUUUCAGCCGAGAAGCUGUUGUGGAAGAUGAGAGUGAUGAGGAACCAGAUACAGGGCUCUAUCAAGGCUGCAGUGAAAAUGAGCUGAUGCAAGAAAACAGCACUUCUAAAUGUCAAAUCCUGACUGCAUUGGACGGUCCUUUUGCAAAUUGUCAUUCUGAAGUCCCACCAGAGCCCUACUACUUGAGCUGUGUCUUUGAUAUGUGUGUGGAAGAAGAUGCUGCUGAGACGUUAUGUCGCCAUCUGAAAGAGUACGUGCUUGCUUGUCAGGAGCAAGGAGUCGAUAUGGAAGGCUGGAGGCAACAGACUGCUUGUGAGAUGUCAUGUCCAUCCAACAGCAAAUACAACUCAUGCAUGACUGCAUGCCCAGCAUCCUGCAGCGACAUGACCAGCCCCUCCGAGUGUGAAUCGCCUUGUGUUGAAGGCUGUGAAUGUCUCCCUGGCUACAUUCUAAGUGACUCUGACUGCGUGCCUUACAGAGAAUGUGGCUGCACAUACCUUGACAAAUAUUAUGAGAUUGGAGAAGAGUUCACCACUGAUGACUGCUCCCAGAAAUGCCAGUGCACAGAGAGCUCCUCUGUCACCUGCACUAACAUAGCGUGUGGUUCUGAUGAAAUCUGUAACAUCGCAAACUACACUCGUGGGUGCUACAGGACUGGACCAUGUAUGCCAAGUCCUUGCCAGAAUGAUGGAAUUUGCUCUGAAACAACCAACGGCACCUCUGACAGCUACUACUGUGAAUGUACAGAGCUGUACACAGGACAAAGCUGCAACAUUGAAAGGAUGGAUGACACCAGUAUCCCAGAGAGCAAUUCUCAGAGCUAUACAGUUGCCAUCGCUGUUGGAGUUACAGUAGCAGUGGUUGCUGUUGUCAUUCUCAUCACCUCUACAGUGUAUCUCUUCAGAAGGAGGAGAAAGGCAGAUGCAAAUAUCAAUGCACGGAAUUCAUCUUUGCACAAGUCUGAGGAUACAUCAGGUGGUGGAGUACGUGAACACAAUUAUGGCUACGUGGUGAAUGCUGCAUUUGACCAAGAUGAACCCCGAAGUACAUACCUGUAGUUAGCGUGCUUUGUUUUGUUUUUCCCAAUUCGUAUGUAUUGCUUUCUGCUCUUGUAUUUUUAAUAAU